AAAGGGAGAGAAAAAGGACAGAGAGAGAGAGAGAGAGAGAGAGAUCGGCUUCGCUCGUCCUCGUCCCCACAAAACCCUAAUCCCGUUUGAUCGAUACCCCCAUCCCUCUGGCCUUCCCUGCGCCGCCCGGAUUCCGAUCGAUUCCCUACUUCCAGGGUACUUCUGUAAUUAGCAUUCCUAGAAAUGUCUCCGGCUUCCAAAUCCAAGUCUAAGGAUAAGACAACAAGGGCAGCGAAGGAACAACAGAAGGUUUCAUCAAAACCCUCAUCUACUACAGCCAAUGGUGGAAAUGGUGUCCCUACGGGUGCAUAUAAUCCAGUUUUGGGUACUUUCCAUACCCUUGAAACAACACCGUCAGUCGCCUUGCCAGGAGCCCAUAACAACGGUCGAUUCAGAACUAUAGAUGAAACAGAGGAGCAUUCUAGCAGUUCACUUGGCACUGCAGGAGAGUUUGACUCGGCGUCCAACAAUGGGAGCUGCUCUGGUGAGUCAGAAGACCAGAAGGAGAAGACAACUAGUGCUACACCUCGCAUAGAGCCUAUUCCUGGCUGCGACACUGAUAAGCGUGACAAGAUUCGGCAGAAGAAUGAGAGGAAGCACCAACGCCAGAGGGAGAGGCGGGCCCAGGAGCUACAUGAGCGUUGUAAUGGGUAUCUUAUGUCUAGGAAACUAGAGACACUUGCUCAGCAGCUUGUGCAAAUGGGCUUUUCCUCAGAAAGCGCUACCAUGGCUCUUAUUCAAAAUGAAGGCCGUCUUGAGGAGUCUGUUUCAUGGCUCUUUGAGGUGGGUGAGGAAAGAAAACAUGAGGUUGCAACAAACUUGGAAGGCGGAGUAAACUUGAAAAUUGAUAUUACCGAUGAACUUGCUAAGAUUGCAGAUAUGGAAGUAGGAUUCAAGUGCACAAAGCUGGAGGUUGAAAGGGCUGUUGUUGCAUGUGAGGGUGAUUUGGAGAAGGCUGAAGAAACCUUGAAGGCACAGAAACAAGAAUCAGCGUCUUCUCCACCAAAGUUGGAAGAAUCAGGUGAUCCUGCUGCUGUCAGUAGUUCUAAUAAUAAAAUGGCCAUGUCUGCUCAGAGCCUAGCUGUAAGAACUCAAGUGAAAGGAAUUGCAUCGGCUGCAGGCCGGCAACAAAGAAGAGAUGAAAGAGAUUUUAACCAUGCAAAGUCAGCGGCAACUGGAGUGGUGUCUCAGGAGUCUGCAAACAGAAAUUUGCAGUCUUCGAGAAGGCCACAACCUAAGCCAGCUCCCUUGGAGAAGAGAUGGUUGAGCACCAGCUCUGCUCCAUCUGUUUCAUACUCGGCAUCUCCGUUGCAAGCUGCAGUCUCUCCAAACAAGCCAGAAGCACACUAUGUGAUGGCUGGCAAUGAAGUUAAGGCAAACUUACAGGCAGGAACACUGAGAGAGCCAGUCAUCGUAAUGCAGCGCCCCAUAUCUAUCAAUGCAAAGCAGAGUGUCCAAUCCACAAGUCUUGGUUUCAGUUCCUCACCACCGGCUUCCACAGGAUGGUAUUCGAAUGGAAUGUCUGGGAUGGAGGUGAUGAAGGUGGCCAAUGGGGGCUUGGCACACAGCUUAUCCUCCUUGGGUUUGAAUGGCUCUAGUCCCCAGCAAUUUGUUCCCCAGAACCAUUUCCAAACUUCUGUUUCAAGUCCUAUGGAGUCUGGUGCAAUGGGAUGGGGUGGUUCAUGGAACUCUUCAGGGACAUCAUCUUCAUCGCUAGCUGUGCCAUCUUCACUUGGGCUGUUCACUGGGUGGGGUUCUUCUGGGUCUUCUGCAUCAUCACCUGUUGAUUGGAGUACCGGUGGAUCAACACCUCGCGACUACACAUCUAUAGACUGGAGCCUGGAUCUGGCACUCUUGAGGCCAUCUGUAAAGAGUGAUAGGUUAUCCGAUACAUGGUCAACCAUGUCUAUGGGUGGGAAAGUUGCAAGGCCAGUUGUGAAUGAUAGUGGUGUCUACAUUGCAGGGUUGCAGUAUGGUAGCCUUGCAUCGGACUCCACAUCCUCUGCUGGAUCUCAUGAGUGGACCUCUCCUUUUGCAGGGAAGGACCUCCUUAGGGUUCCCAGGCAGUUUGUUACAUCCCCUUCCCAGUAGGAAUCAUUAGGUUGAAAGAGGAAACAUGGAUGGUAUGCUGGAUUUGGUGUUGUUUCUUAAUGUCCUUGGUUUAAAGUUUCAUGGUCUCUGGUUUUUGGUGAA